AUACAUCUUGAUGACCUGGCUUGUACAUAGACGAUAACUGAAAGCAAGGUAAAAGAUUAUGACCGGCGGACGUACAAUUAAUCGCACGAUAGAACUUUUGCUCACCGCAUUCGGUGUCUGGCCAGGUAUAUCAUGCGUUCUAUUGUACAGAGUGUUUUGGAUGAUUACGCUAGCGAUCAAUCAAUUCUUCCAUUAUCGAUAUUUUGUAACACAUUUUAAUGUCGACAAUCUUUUCGAAUUGAUGGAUUGUUUGAGUAGUUUCUUGGCCCACGUAAAGUUGACUUUUAAACUCAUUAUCUUCUCGUUGAAACAAAGAGAAUUCAUCGAAAUUUUGACAACGAUAACGAAAGACUGGAGCUAUUGCGGUGAUAGCGGUACUGCAUUGCACGAAACAACAAGCAAAGCAAAACUAUCGAGCUACAUUUGUAAUGGGCUAAUUAUUCUUCACACAAUUGCUGCGCUCGCAUACGUCAUUGGUAUCCUCCUAGCCGAUGCCGAUGUCAGCGAUCAAACGACCGAGCUGCCCCUCAUGAUGAAAAUGGAAUAUCCCUUCGUUAUAGACACCCUACGCAAGUACAGAUUGGUGUUAGCUACGCAAUUCGUGUAUGUGAUGGCGUGCAGUUUGGGGGCUGGUUUAUUCAACGCCGUAUUUCUAACUCUGACUCUACAUAUAGGUGGUCAAAUAAACAUUUUGCUUUGCUGGCUGACGGAAGUUCGAUCGAUAGAGAUCGCAAGAAUGACGAAAAUCAUUCGAAAACAUCAAAACAUUAUCAAUUUCGCGGAAAAGAUCGAGAAUCUUUAUUCGUACAUUGCUUUAUUGCAAUUCACAUCGAAUACGGUGAUGAUUUGCUCAUUGGCAUUUCUCAUUGUAACCGCAAUCGGCAGUCCCGAUGCCACCGAGCAGAUAAUGAGAUCUCUUUUAUUUUAUGCUGUAACGAAUCUCGAAGCGUUUAUAUUCUGUUUUGCCGGAGAAUAUCUAAGCAACAAGAGCACCGCGAUUGGAAACGCGGCGUAUAACUCUGAUUGGUACGAAAUGAAGACUACGGAUAGUCAUAUUUUAUUGUUUAUAAUUUUGAGAUCGCAGAGAAAAUUGACAUUCACGGCUGGCAAAAUGAUGGAUCUUUCCUUGGAAUGCUUUACUAAUAAUAAGGAAAUCGGCAUUGCGGCAUACAACUCUGCAUGGUACGAUUUGAAAUUAAAAGAUAAUCAUCUUUUGUUAUUUAUCAUAUUAAGAUCACAGAAGCAAUUGACGCUCACAGUGGGAAAGAUGAUGAAUCUCUCUUUAGAAUCCUUCGCAAGCAUAAGAGUUAUGACAUUCAUGGAAAUCCAGAUGAUAAUAACGGAAGAUUGGAAUGAUUGCGCUGAUAAUGAUAUCAGCAUGCGCGAGACAUCGAAAAAAGCAAAAAUUUCAGAUCGUCUCGUAAACGCAGUCAUCAUUCUUCACACGAUGACGAUAUUUGCAUAUUGCUUCGGCGCCUUCUUCGCCAAUGUCGAUGUCAUCGACCAGACAACGGAGUUACCUCACAUGACCAAAAUAAAACUUCCUUUUCGAAUAAACACGCAACGCACGUACAGAUUACUGUUGAUCGUGCAAUUUUUGCAUUUGAUCCUGUGCGCCUGGGCAGCUGCAGUAUUUAUCGAAUUUUGUCAUUAUCUCUAUUUUUCAACGCACUUUAAUUCUGAAAAUUUUUUCAACUUAAUUGAUUGUUUGUGCAGCGUUUUGGCACAUGCCAAAGUGUUCAGUAAACUUCUUAUGUUUUGGAUAAAUGAGCGAAAAUUCGUGGAAAUUUUGGCGUUAAUUACGGACGACUGGAAUGAUUGCGUUGACAAUGACAUCAGUAUGCGCCUGACGAUGCGUAAAGCAAAAUUAGCGGAUCGCAUCACUUAUGGAAUACUUACUCUUCAUACGAUGAGUAUUGUCGGAUAUUGUCUCGGAGUCAUCAUCGCUGAUGCCGAUGUUACCGAUCAAACGAUUGAAGUUCCUUUCCUCAACAAAUUGAAACAUCCUUUCAGCAUUCACACGCAGGGCAUGUAUAGAUUUGUAUUAAUCACGGAAUUCGUGCACAUGCUCUUCAGUAAUGUGUUAAAUGGUAUUGUAAACAACAUACUUUUAACCUUGGUUUUGCAUGUGGGAGGUCAAGUGGAGAUCCUGCAAAACUGGUUAUCGCAGCUUAUACCCAAAGAGCUUGAAAAUAAGCAAAAAUCAUUCAUCGCUGCUACAAACAAAAUCAUUCGAAAGCAUAACAAAAUUAUCCUAUUUUCAGAAAAUAUCGAGACUCUAUAUACCCAUAUAGCACUGUUUCUUUUCGCAUCAAAUAUAUUAUUAAUUUGUUCAAUAGCUUUUAUCAUCGUAAGCGCAAUUGGCACUCCAGAUGCCGUGAAAACGAUUCUGAAAUGUCUUUUAUUUUUCUCAGAUACAAAUCUGGAAGCAUUUAUAUUUUGUUACGCUGGAGAAUAUCUAACCAAUAAGAGCGAAACUAUCGGAUUUGCAACGUAUAAUUGUCCAUGGUACAAUUUGAGACCUAAAGAUAUUCGUGCAUUGUUAUUUAUAAUAAUAAGAUCGCAAAAGCAAUUGAUACUCACAGCUGGCAAGAUGAUGGAUCUCUCCUUAAAAUCUUUUUCAAGCCUUAUGAAUGCUUCUGGAUCCUUCUUGUCAGUGUUGUUGGCGAUGCAAUGAACAUCGUAUUCACUUCAAGAGUUUUUAAUCAAUAGUCGUGAAGCACAUAUAUAGGGUAACAUGUAA